AGGCAUCCGAUGCGCAAGUGUUAAGUGUGCUACGGGAAGGGGAGGAUCGUAACCUACUCACCUUCCAAAAGGAGAAUUUGUUCGGACGCGGGGUUUUGACUGGAGCCGUACUUAGGAUUACUCCUACGGUCUGCGCGGUGGCCGCUUCAUUCCAAGGCUCUCUGAUAUCUAUCAUGUCGUCCUCCGACCGAUGUCUGCCGAGUCCUGGUUCGAAUUUAAGGAAUAGACUGCACUUUCCUGCCUUCCGAGAUUGCGCGCAUGAAAUGUUACUUGAUACACGGUACUACGGCGAUGAUGGAGGAUUUCCUUUGAAACACUGGUGCUUCCUCGGCGAGAUUGUGGAUGCCGACUUUCUUGGAAGACUUGUGGUCCAUGCGCGUGAUAUCGACGGACGGAUAACUCGGAUCGCCUUCUACGAUGAAGAGGACCCGCUCAGAGGACGUCAGUUUAUAGACAAGGACAUUGUUACCGAGAAGAGAAAGUGCAAAGUGGGGUACACCGUGGCCUACCUGUAUCCGGUUAUGCAUAACUUCAUUGACGGAUCAAUGGGAUUCCGUUUGGAAGACGUGUCUGACUUUACGAUUAUCCCGCUCUCACUGAGCGAUCUCUUCCGCGCGAAUGACAAACUGCAUGCGCCCGUACCCACCCAUUGUUGGCAGCCGAGCUGUAACGUGACAGAUAGUCUGUCAACAUGUUCCAAAUGCCGUGUUGCACGCUACUGUGGAAAAGAACAUCAAGUCAAACACUGGAAGGCUCACAAGAAGGGCUGCAAGGCGUUCGAAGCCUUGAAAUGGUUUACCGAUAGAGAUUGGACAGCGUAUACUCGGUAGCAAGGUCACUGGUCCUUUUUUCACUAAGGUCUGAGCUACUCGCACCCAUAAUAAGUAACCGGCGUUUAGACGCCCAGCGCGUCGUGUCGCAUAUGGAUGUAGUUUUGUUUAGUCUGUACUCCAGCAUCCACCUAUAACACAUGCACUUGUUAUGCUCAUUAC